AUGCGACUUUCAACCGUCAGAGUGGUCACGUUCAUAGCGUCGUUUGCGCUCGUUCGUACAGAUGACAUUCUCACCGCUAUUUCCAAAAUGCAUGACUGCUCUUCCUGCCGUGAUGUUUUGGUACAGUUGAAGAGUCUGGCCGUGAAGGGUAACGAAGUAUUUGUCAAGAACUUCACUGGGCUUUGCGAAACCCUAAAACUCGCGGACCCAGAUGUCUGCGUUGGCGCAAUUAUCAGAAGUGGACCCAUCAUCGCCCAUGAUUUGCGACAGAUCAAUCCUACUUCUGGGAAAGCCAGCGCGGGUCUCUGUGACGCCCUUUUUGGUUUUUGUUCGACGAACACCUCAACGCCCUUUCAAAUUCCUUUACCUCCCCCCCAUCACGGCCCUAUUCUGGAGAAAAACUCAAAAAGCCAAACGAGAAAACAGCCCUUCCAAGUUGUGCACAUAAGCGAUGUCCAUAUCGACAGAGGAUACACAAUUGGAUCGGAGGCAAACUGCACGAAACCACUUUGUUGUCGGGCUUCCUCUGAUGACAGUCCCAUUUCCGAUCCUGCGCAGCCUAACGGGAACAUGAGAUGUGAUUCGCCCAUCUCCCUGGCCGACUCUAUGCUGGAAGCUGUCAAUGCAAUCAAUCCGAAAUUCGUGAUAUUUACCGGAGACGUGGUUGAUGGUCAUUUUAAUUGGCUAGGGAACCAGUCUGGUGUCGAAGAUGAACUCAAGAGCUUCAAUUCCGAAUUAUUGGCUAAAGUUCGCUCGCCCGUGUUUCCCGCUAUCGGUCUCGACACAACGCCAGUGAACUCCUUUGCCCGCUCGUCAUCGAUGACCGCGAAUAAUUCACACUUUGUGUUUGACAUACAAAGUGCUGGAUGGAGGCAAUGGAUCGGUAACGACGCUAGCAACCAAGUCAAACAUGAGUCUGGGAGCUAUUCAUCGCUUGUACCCGGAACACCUUUAAGGAUCAUGUCGGUAAACACACAGUAUUGGUACAAGCAAAACUUUUGGUUGUAUGACAGCGACGAAUUUCAACCAGACCCUAACGGCAUCUUGGCCUUUUUAGCACAGCAACUUGAUGCUGCUGAACAGGCAGACGAGAAAGUGUGGGUUAUUGGACAUAUUCCACUCGGAAAAGAAGAUUUGGUGGAGGAUCAGUCAAAUUAUUACGACCAGAUUCUACAACGUUACAAGAACACUAUCGCUGGUCAUUUCUUUGGACACAGUCAUAAGGAUGAAUUCCAGAUUGCCUACUCCGACUACAACGAUCAGACCGCCGACAAUGCUGUCAAUUUUGCUUCUAUCGGACCAGCACUUACCCCGACCAGCGGGAAUCCCGCUUUCAAGGUCUAUGACGUGGACUCAGACACUUUUGGGCUGAUGAAUGUGAAGGUGAUUUUCGCGAACACGUCAGAACCAUCCUUUCAAUCUCAUCCGACGUGGCGAGAGCUUUAUAACGCACGGGAUCUCUACGGACCCCUAGUGAAGCUUUCCCCCUCUUCAGAGCUUACGCCCGCAUUCUGGCACAAGAUCACGCAAAUCUUCCAAACGAAUGAUACUGUUUUCCAACUUUUUAACGCUCUGUUGAGUCGGGAAGGAGCUGUUACUCCAUGUGAUGGGGAUUGCAAAGCGACAAGGAUUUGUGAUCUGAGGGCAUUCCGGUCAGAAAACAACUGCGACACCCCGACACCUGGCGUUGCAAUCCGGAGGCGGGACAUUGCAAAGAUGGCUGCCGAGUCUGAAGCCUGUGAGGGGUUCGGUUUGGGGUCUUUCUUUAGGAUGUUGCGUGCCAAGUCUAUGAAAGCUCACCCGAGUUGAUCAGUGUGCAUCUGUACUAUAAGUAGUGUCUGUGGAAGAGUAGAUACAAGCAUCUGUUCAAGCAAUGAGAUUUAUGCAGUCGGU